AUGGCAAAGGAAUUUGUCUUCUUGUUCGCCAACUUCCCGGAGUCACCCAGGUCAGGCUUGUGGAAUCUGCCCUUCUAUCGACAGCACAUCGACAACGUUGGUGUGUUUCUCCGCUGUCUUCACAGCCAGUGGAAUCGGGUCUUGAUCCCGACUAUGAAACCUGACAACGGCAGAGGCUAUCCUAUUCUCGCGACUGAGCUGCACUAUCAACUGAGGCUUCGGUCUCCUGUGCUCGAGCCUGUGAUCUUCACCGUCACACGGAGGCACAUGGGUAUUGCGGAUGGUCCUGUUGCAGACAAGAUGCAACAGCUGUUCCAAACGGACCUGAAGACCGACUAUUCUAGGAUGUCAGAAUCGGAUCAGAGCAACCUGAGAGACACGUUGAUCAAGCGCUACAAACAACUUGUGCGCGAGUACCGGCAGUCUCAAUCUUCUCCCCAAGCACCAUCCUUCAUGUCUUCAGCACAGUCGAUGCCAGCACUAACGGCGCCGACCCCGAUGCCUUCUAAUGUGGCAAUGACGCCGGCCAUGGUCAGACAACAGCAGAUGAUGAACAACGCAAGACGUCUUUCAGCUGGUUAUCCCGGCACCCAGCUCACUGCCCCAAAUCUGAAUGCUCCUGAAGGGUUCGAUAUGUACCCAUCUCCUGCAGCCCCGGGUAACUUCUCUCCUAUUCCGCCGCAAUACACCCUUCACAACCAAGGUCGAGUGGCCCAGGGUCUCAGCUCAGCCAGCCCCUGA